ACACACAUUUUAUCGAUCGUCGUUACGAGCAAUAUGAAGUUGUUGAUUGUCCUUACUCUUUUGGUGGCUGCCGCAUCGGCAAUGCCACAAUUCGGCGGAUUCGGUGGACCAGGUGGAUUUGGUGGAUUUGGUGGUGGUCCUGGCUUUGGCGGCGGCGGUUUUGGUGGAGGCCCUGGAGGAUUCGGUGGACCUGGUGGAUUCGGCGGUGGCCCUGGAUUCGGAGGCGGUGGUUUUGGUGGUCCUGGUGGAUUCGGUGGACGACCAGGAUUUGGUGGCGGAUUCGGCGGACCAGGUGGAUUCUACGGCAGCCGCGUCGAGGCUAUGAAGCUGUUUAUCGUUCUCGCUGUUCUGUUAGCAAUUGCCGCUGAAGCGGCGGCCAGUGCACAUCGUCCACAUGGCAGACCUUUUGGCGGCUUCGGUGGUGGAGGAGGAGGUGGAGCUGGAUUCGGCGGUGGCGGUUCUGGAGGUGGAUUUGGCGGAGGUCCUGGAGGUGGAUUCGGCGGAGGUCCUGGAGGUGGAUUCGGUGGAGGACCUGGAUUCGGUGCAAGCUCAUCUUCCAGCGCCACUGUGAAUGGUGGCUUUGGUGGUGGAAAUGUUGGAUCAUCCGCUAGCUCAAAUGGUUUCUUUGGAUACUCAACAAUGGUGGCUGUUGCCUCAGCUCAAGCUCAAGGCGGUGGCGGAAUUUUAGGCCGACGUCCUGGAUUUGGCGGUGGUCUUGGAGGUGGUUUUGGUGGUAGCUUCGGAGGACCUAAUCGUGGGAUUCUUGGCCUACUACCCAUGGUCAGCGGUCAAGAAGGGUCAGCAAUGAAAUUACUUGUUGCUCUUACAGUCCUGGUGGCUGUUGCCUUAGCGGCACCUCAAUUCCCUAGUGGUGCUCGAGCUCCAUCCCAAGCCGGGGGCGGUGGAAUAAUCGGUCGUCGACCUGGUGGCGGAGUUAACGGCAAUCGUGGAGUCCCUGGUGGCAGUCCUGGAGGCGGUCCUAGAGCGGCGGUUCUAGUGGUCCUGGGGGUGGGUACUGGCGGCGGAUUCGGGCCUGGAGGCGGCGGUUUUGGUGGCGGAUUUGGGCCUGGAGGCGGCGGUUUUGGUGGCGGAUUCGGGCCUGGAGGCGGCGGUUUUGGUGGCGGAUUUGGGCCUGGAGGCGGCGGUUUUGGUGGCGGAUUCGGGCCUGGAGGCGGCGGUUUUGGUGGCGGAAAUAGCGGCGGUGCGAGUUCAGCCAGUGCAUCUGCCUCAGCUUCUACCAGCGGGGGAGGGUCCUUGUGGCUGUUGCCUCAGCGGCACCUCAAUUCGGUGGUGGUGGCGCUAACGCUAAUGCUGCCUCUACCGCUAAUGCCCAAGGAGGUGGUCAAGGUGGAUUCGGCGGUGGUCCUGGAUUCGGCGGCAAUCGUGGUGGUCCCGGUGCUGGAUUCGGCGGACAAGGACAAGGAGGAUUUGGCGGUCCUGGUGGAUUUGGCGGACCUGGCGGACAAGGAGGAUUUGGUGGCGGUCCUGGUGGUCCUGGUGGAUUCGGCGGUGGCGGUCAAGGAGGAUUUGGCGGUCAAGGAGGAUUUGGCGGACAAGGAGGUUUCAACCGCGGCGGCGGCGGUGGUUCAUCCAGCGCAUCUGCCUCCGCAUCUGCCAAUGCCAAUAGCAAUGGUUUCGGUGGUGGAAACGCCAACGCCAAUGCCAACGCAAAUGCCAAUUCAAACGCUUCAGCCAGUUCGGACAAGUAGCAUCAUGAAGAUCUUUAUCGUACUCAGCGUUAUCCUCGCUGUGGCCUCGGCCGCUCCACGCAGCAGACGUGAAUCCACUGCCAAUGCCAAUGCCAACGCCCAGGCUCAAGGCGAAAAUUACGGCAAUCGUGGAUUUGGUGGACCAGGUGGUUAUGGAGGAUUUGGCGGCCAGGGUGGAUAUGGAGGAUUCAAUGGAGGCUAUGGCGGACCCGGAGGAUUCGGUGGUGGAGGAUACGGUGCUCCCGGAGGAUAUGGUGGCCCCUCUUUUGGUUACGGCGGAAAUCGUUUCAACGGUUUUGGUGGCGGAUACCAACGUGGUCCUGGAUUCCAAGGAGGUCCCGGUGGUCCAGGUAGUUUUGGCGGAUUUGGCGGUGAAUCGAACGCAAAUGCAAAUGCCAAUGCCAAUGCUAAUGCCAACGGUGGCGGAUAUGGCGGUGGUAAUGCGAAUGCCAAUGCUAAUGCCAAUGCUAAUGCUAACGGUGCCGGAUUUGGUGGCGGUAAUGCGAAUGCCGAUGCCAAUGCUGUCGCAAAUGCUGAGGGUAACGGAUUCGGUCCAGGAUUCGGUGGUGCCAAUGCCAAUGCUGACUCCAAUGCUGUGGCUAAUGGCGGUGGCUUUGGUGGUUUCGGUGGUGAUGCUAAGGCUUCCUCUGUGGCCAACGCUUCAUCCAAUGGCGGUCUUGCUUCAGCCACAUCCAAUGCAUCCGCUGUGGCUGGAAAGUAAACUCACUGAUUGUCCAUUGAUCACUUCUCACUUUCAAGUAAUUUAGCUGUUCUUAAUUUAUUAAAAAAUUAAAAAAUUCUACAAUU